GGGCCCGCCGUUUUAAGCCCUAACCCCAACCUAAACAGAGCCCCUUCUCUCUCGCGGAGCUCAGAGUCUCCUUCUCCGCCUCCUUGUCUCCCCCGAAGCCCGUGAACAAGGGUUAUGCUGCUCAAGGACUCUGGAAAUCCCUACUCUGGCCAGCCUGUUCGUUGGCAUUCCCAAAUCUAGGGUUUCAUGAACUUUUUUUUUUUCUACUGAUCCUGCAACAGCAAACAGAGAAGGGUUCAUCAGACUUAGUGUUUCAAAUCAAUGGCGGAACACUUGGCUUCAAUAUUUGGCACAGAGAAGGACCGUGUGAACUGCCCCUUCUAUUUCAAAAUUGGUGCAUGCCGCCACGGCGACAGGUGCUCACGACUCCACAACCGACCCACGAUAUCCCCAACACUACUGCUCUCUAACAUGUAUCAGCGACCUGACAUGAUAACCCCUGGAGUGGAUCCACAAGGCCAGGCCAUUGAUCCUCGCAAGAUCCAGGAGCAUUUUGAGGACUUUUAUGAAGACAUCUUUGAGGAGCUCAGCAAGUUUGGUGAGAUUGAGAGCCUCAACAUCUGUGACAACUUAGCUGAUCACAUGGUCGGGAAUGUCUAUGUGCAAUUCAAGGAGGAGGAUCAAGCAGCUGCUGCCCUUAAUGCCUUGCAAGGGAGGUUUUACUCUGGCCGUCCUAUCAUUGCUGAUUUUUCACCUGUGACUGACUUCCGUGAGGCGACCUGCAGACAGUUUGAGGAGAAUAGCUGCAACCGUGGUGGUUACUGCAAUUUCAUGCAUGUGAAGCAGAUUGGGAGGGAGUUGAGGAGAAAACUCUUUGGGCGCUAUAGAAGGUCACGUGGGAGUAGAAGCCGUAGCCGGAGUGCUAGCCCGCAUUUCCGGAGGGGCAACCGUGACCGAAGGGACCAUCGUGAUCGUGAUGGUGACCGUGACUACCGUGGGAGUGGACGGAGGGGUGGUGGGGAAAGGCAUGAGAGAUAUGAUGAUGGGGGAAGGAGGCGACAUGGAAGCCCCAAGCGGACGAGGAGCCCUGUGAGGGAAGGUAGCGAGGAAAGGAGGGCUAGGAUCGAACAAUGGAACAGGGAGAGAGAGGAGAAGCAUGAAUAAUUCAGGUUGUUUUCUUCAUUUUACUGUUUGGUUUGGGACUGUUAAAUCUAGGCCCUAGGCAAGGUGUUUGUUUUGCUUUUUCUUUUUUGGAUUUGUGGCAGUAAAUUAUGAUGAUCCAAACGAUUUCGUUGACAUUCUGUGGGUAUCCAAACUGUGCUAUGCUUUUUUAGUUCAUAAUUGACAAUUUGGAUCUAAGGUAAUGUACCAUUUCUGUUCGAGACAUUUGAAUUUGCCCAUAGAAAUCUA